AUGGCUGCUAAGUUCUUCGAAGACCUCUGGGAGUCCAUCUUCACCCCGGGCCCCACACCGACUCUCCUCAUCGCAACCAACGCCUCCUUUGCUGCCCUCCAGCUGCUCUUCUUCGCGCUCUUCCUAGGCACAUACAGCAUUCACUUUGUGAUUCUGUCCUUCCUUACCGGCGGUCUCUGGUACGGAAUCAACUGGUUUGCCUCCGAGAUCCGGAUAGCGCAAAAAGCAGAAGAGGAGGCCAAGCGCAUUCGCGCAGAGAGGCGCGGAAGCCAGAGAGACGCAUCUGGCGACGGAGAGCAAGCAGAUAUCGACACGGGGGAUGACACGGAAGUCGAUGUGAAGGAAGAGGUUCAGAAGCAGAGUGAGGGGCUAGCCAAGAGCGAGAAGAAGCGUGGUCCCAGGCCGGGGACAGAGAGCACGGUAUUUGUCGAACGGCCGAAUGAGCGGGAAAACACCCCCCAGGCUGUCCCCGCGAGCGCAUCUGGAGGAGGCCCAGUAGGAGCUAGCACCACUGGCGCGUCAACUCAGCUGGCACCGCUGGUGAACGAUGCGCUGAAGCAGAGGAAAGGAGGCCUGGGGGAGAGCACUGGUGACCUGAGCACGGAUAGCGAGUGGGACAAGCUCUCUGAAGAUUCGGAGGAGCGGUGA